UCGGCCAUGUUGCUCCGUCGCAGCGGUCACAGAUGGCUACGUGAAAGUCAACAACCGGUUCCGCCGGAGUAGCAGUAGCAGUCGCAAUCGAGAUUCGUCGGGAUAAUCGUUCUGCCGCGUUUACCGUCGUCGAGUUUUACGUUUACUCCGCGUCUCCUUGUCCGGUUGUCCGGCGUGGGUGCCACGCGUCGUGACUUUCCCCGAUCUUCGAUAUCGCGUCUCUUGCCGCGGCUACCGCCUCUCCCCGUUGUCCCGUUGUCCGGCAACGUAUCGCCGAGUCGUGAUCGCCGCCGAUCGCGGAGUAGUCGCCGAGGAUGAGCACCAACAAUGUGCAGGCGCUCUUUGCAUGUUCCCGGUGCUUCUCCAGGCAUCCCUUCGAGGACCUAUCGCCCGGUCAACAAUUGUGUAAGGAAUGCAGGGGAGCCUUUCCUGUAGUAAAAUGUACGUACUGCAGAUCAGAAUUCCAGCAAACCAUAAAAGGUAACACAAGCACCAUAUGUAAAAAGUGUGAGCAAAAUGUCAAGUCUUAUGGAAAGCCGUCAGCUUGCGAGUACUGCAAUACCAUUGCUGCAUUUAUCGGUAGCAAAUGCCAACGGUGUACAAAUUCGGAGAAACGCUAUGGACCGCCGGUCACGUGCGAGCAAUGCAAGCAGAAGUGUGCCUUUGACAGACAGGAUGAAGAUAAGAAGGUAGACGGCAAGUUAUUAUGUUGGCUGUGUACACUGUCGUACAAACGAGCGUUGGCAAAGACAAAGCAAUCGGACGCAGAAAGAAGAGCGCAUAUGAAAUUGGCGCAACAGCGGGCUGCGAAGCACAAAGAACAAAAACUGAAGGGCCACAAUAAAAGACCGCACAGAGUCGAUGUGACAAAGCUGCCGCCGCAAUCCGAAGGCGGAGACACAAACGGUCCUACACCCGCGAAAGCGGUACGGAUGGCCGGCGUUCACGACCCUCAUGAUCCGAACAGCUCGGAUCACGUGGUAGCGGUCACGCAGCUCAAAGAAAAGAUAGCUCAUCUUCAAAAGCAAAUCAACCAGAAAGAGGGCCAAUUACUAGCAAAAGAUAGACAAAUUACUGAACUGAAGGCGAAGAACUUCACGUCCGAAACAGAAUUGCGCAAUAAGAUGAAAGCUUCGGAGAAAGAGUACGAGACAAAAAUCUCCAACAUGCAGCACAAGAUCUCUAGUUUGUUGAAGGAAGUAGCGUCAUUAUCGAAAACGUCCAAGCGAGGUGAUAGAGUGGCCGCCACCAAAACGGAAGCUGGGACCAACAGUGGGAGUGGAACAGACAGUCCCGUACCUUGAUAAGAGAAUUGGUUAGCUGUGACAACAUACUCAAAUGAUCGUACCCAUAUAAAACAUGCAUGAUUAUACAUUAUGCAUAUAGUUAAUUGUUUCCAUUAACAAGGCGAAAUUGUAUUAUUUUUCUAAUUACUAUAGGAAUGUAUAUUAUUCUCUCAAUAUGCAUCAGAGGAAGGUCGUAUUCGUAUCUCCGUUUAGGGGAGAUCGAUAAUGCAAGUAAAAAAUUUAUAUAUGAUAAUUUAGAAAUAGCUUUUUCCCCCCCUUUAUUUUUCGGUGACUGCCAGUUUUGUGCGACUUGUUCGCCGGAGGUAUUGAUUUUUAUGGCGAAAGACUAGCGAAAUUCCAAUGACACAAAUCCCGUUUUAUGCCACGAAGUUAUACGAAACCAUUGGUGGGGAUUUCGAGGCAAACUCGGAUUGAUUGUACAUGUAUGUGGAAACAAUAAGUGGCAGCGUAGCUGUUGCAUUUUAUUAUUUAUGAUAAUGAUGAUGUAAACAACGCUGAAUCAGGAUAUUAUGACUUGUAGAUCAAUUUACAAUAAAAGCUGAAAAAUUUA